AUGUCCAGACUACCAGGUCCGCCACCGACUCAUGGUGGUCACUAUGCUCCUUCUCAACAGCCUCCGCCCUUGUACUAUCCUCCUAAUCAUUCGACCCCUCCUCAACAUCAUCAUCAUCAACAGCAUCAUGCACAGACCCCGCAUGUUGGUCAUUCAGGUCAAUUUGAUCCUUCCUACAACCCUUACCCCCGACAGAAUGUCUAUCCAACACCUCCUACCCCGGUAGAUGUCUAUGCCAGUCAUUCUAGAGCAGAGUAUCCUUCCUACACUCACCAACAAUCGCAAUACCAACUUCAAGGCUUGCGUAACGGUGCGCACUCUUUACCGCCACCGGUUGCCCAGGCAGGGCCUUCUUCUCACCAUGCUCCGGGUUGGUCGUCAGUUCUUCCCACACCAAAGCCCAUGGCGCCUCCCCAGCGGACGGAACGAAGGGUAUCUGGUGUCAAGCUGGAGGAUCUCGUGAGUUCGGAUCGUGUCAGGCCAGGUAGUAGCAAAGGGUCCCUUCCGGCCGGGGGUCUCACUUCCCUUCCACUCGUCACAUCACAGGGUUCUGAGAAGCUUACGGGAAUGGGAGGAGGUGGGAGUAGUACUGGCGGUGUAGGUGGUGUGGGUAGCGGUGCUGGUGGAGGAGGAGGAGGGGGAGGAGGAGGAGACAAACAAGGUCCAAGCGAAUUCAUCAAAAAACUCUUCAAAAUGCUAGAAGAAGAAAGUGCUUUGUACGGAAACGGAUUACCUCCAGGUCAACCCAGGGGUGAGGGUGCUCCAAGGGGCUCGGUUGGUUGGGCAAAAGGUGGAACAACGUUUGUCGUUUGGGACAUUAACGAUUUUACCACAAAGGUAUUUUUCGUCCGGCAGUUGAACAAAUAUGGAUUCUCGAAGGUGAAACACAUCGACGAAGAAACUGGACAACACAAAGACACUAUCUGGGAGUUUCAACAUCCAAACUUCCGUGCGGGUCAUACGUCCGACUUGGACGGUAUAAGACGCAAAGCUGUUCUGCCAAAGAAAAGCACUGAAGUAGAGGGCGAUGCUGCUCAAGUCAAGAGUCUUGCCGUGGGUGACAUGGCUCGAAUGGUGGAGAUGGAACGCAGGAUCAUCGGCCUGGAAGAUGGUCUAUCCAAGGCUGUGGAUGAACUACGAGAGGCCAAUACACGGGAGACAGGUUUGUUAAGCUUAAUAAGGGAGAUGAUUAGUCAGCUGGAAGCUGUUGAACGAGAAUCGACUAGCUCUCCUUCAAGCCAGACUGGUGUAUCACCGAGAAUAACUCACUUGUACACCCUUUUCGACCGUUUAAUGCACAACCACCCCGCCCCGCCAUACAUCAUAGAUUCGGUACCAAUGGGUCGGUCCGCUUCAUCCGGCAUGUAUUCCCGUCAGGGCCCUUUUCGAGAUAUGAGUCACAAUACUUCCGGACCAGCGUACGCUCCCGCUGCUCAGGUUUCACCAAAGACAGACGGAGACGGGACUGUCAGUGAAUAUGGAGACAACAACUCGCCACAAGGGUCCAAAGCCUCAUCUGUGAGACCAGAUACGGGUAUCGCGCCACAUUACUCGAAUGGACACAUGCCGACCCACGUACAAGGUCAAAUGACUGCUCAAAGUCAGAAUCAAGAGCAAAAAAUUGAUCUUGGUAUGCAAAACCUUGUACGACAAGAGCAAGACGACGUCAUUGAAUUACCUCCGCAAUCGCAACAGCAAACAUUAUACAAUGGUGAUCCCUUAUCGAUGACACCCGUCUUUGCCGAUACUCCUGCUUGGUUAACAGAAGGGCAAAACGCUAGUACACCUAUAUAUCAUCGCAAGUCGAGUGACGAGGUGACGAUGCGAUUAGUCGUCGAGGCUUUGAUCGGCCACUCAGCACCAUCUGGCUCAGGCGGGCCUUCUUUACCAGGCGCGCAGAUUCCAAUGGAUCAACCUACGAUUCCUCUCGAAGAAAUGCCACGUAGAGAACCUAUUGACUCAAGGGAUAUUAAUCAACAAGCUGUCGUUCAACAAGGUCCUCCUGUCAUUCAACCUGCUCCAUAUGAGGCUGCGGCCCCACCCUCUAAUAAUGCCGAAAGUUCACCCAGUAGUAGUAGUGGGAACGGUGUACGGUUGAGAAAGACUACGGCCAAGCCACAUUGGACGCAAACGCCAAGAAUAUUGGUAGUAGAAGAUGAUGUGGUUUAUCGACAACUUUCCAGCAAGUUUUUGGAGAAAUUCGGGUGUGAGACGGAAACUGUCGAUGAUGCUCAAGGUGCCAUUGAACGGAUGAACAAGACGAAAUAUGACUUGGUUUUGAUGGAUAUCUUCUUUGGACCUAGUAUGGAUGGACGGAAAGCCACAAGUUUGAUCCGACAAUUUGACAUUUACACACCUAUCAUCUCCAUGACUUCCAACGUCAAGAAGCAGGAUGUCAGUUCGUAUUUCCAAAGUGGGAUGAACGACGUUCUCGCCAAGCCUUUCACCAAACAUGGCCUAUUUGGUAUUCUCGAUAAACAUUUAAUACAUCUUAAAGCUAUUCAACUGUCUGGCGAAGUCCCAAGAUCUCUCGGUGUACCACCGUUAAGUGAUCAGGGAGUGGUGGAUGCUUUAGUAGCUUCUGCUCAAUGGAAUGCCGAAGAAUUAGAGAGGAAUCCAUUGGCGGGAAUGGGAGUAAGUGAUGAUACUUAUCAACUUGUUGUUCAGCAAUUCAUAUCAACCGGUACCCUACCCGACUUCAACGCCCUCGCUAAUGCAGGAAUGUUAAACGGUCCCGGUACAUAUUCAACUCCGGAUCCUACAAUACCCAUUCCAGGUCAAGGAAUAGGGACCACCAUCGUUUUUGGUGAUUCGUCUGGAUUCAAUCGGAAACGUUCAAUUGAGACCGUUGAAGAUUGGCAAUCACCCGAAUUUGAUAAUCUCGUAGAUCCAGACACAAGGACGAAAGAUAUAUCUCAUGGAAAAAGAUCGAAAAUCUUAUAG